CAAAAACAGAUUACCCCUGAAUAUACAAAACAAACCCACACACACACACACACACACACACUCUCUCUCUCUCUCUCUCUCUCUCUCUCUCUAAACUCAUUACUCUCUGAAGUCUGAACUUCAACGUUGGUGAAAAUUUUGUCAAGGCUACAGUCACGCACAAUGGGUCGAACUAAGAGAAAAUUGAACUCACCCAAUUCAGAUUCCGUCAAAUUAUCUCAUGUUGAUCAUGGCCGUUCUGGUUACUGCUGGAAAAAUGUGGUACCGAUAGGAGUCAGAUUUCAUCCGCAAGAGUGGGAACUCUUCCUCUACCUCCGCUUGAAGGUAGAAGGGAAACCCAUUCCUCAGGGAACCAUUGCAGAAUUGGACAUCUAUGACUAUAGUCCAACUCAACUCAACAGUAUCUAUGGGGCUGAUGUCGAGAACAUGUAUUUCUUGACCCCGCUUCAUAAGCUGGGGUCAAGAAUUCAGAGAGAAGCGCUGAACGGAACCUGGAGAAAAUUUGGCAGCAAAGAAGUGGUAGAUGCCGUAGGAACUGUUGGCUACAAAGGAUCUUUUAAUUUUGAAUGGAAACCACACCAUGGGCAGGACAGGUUCCUAAUGAAGGAAUACACGUUUGCUGAACUCAAUGAAUGGGCCCUGGUAGAAAUCUACCCUGUAAAACAAAUCAAGAAACAAAAUAGAAACCUUAUCUUCAAUAAUUGGUUUAGGGAAGAAAGCUCCUUGAAUGAUAGUGGUGAUCUUAAAUUGUCGCUUUCUCUCCCUUCAAGCGCAACAUUGGAGGCCCAAACCUCUGCAGUUGAUAAGACCUUGAAGGCGAAGAACGAGGAAAAAGUUUCGUUCUUGGAGGCCCAAACCUCUGCAGGUGAUAAGACCUCAAAGGCGAAGAACAAGGAGAUGGUUUCUGUCAGAAGGUUGCAAGUACAUGACAUUGCUACUUUUGUGCUGAAUGCUGCAGGGUAUUAUGAGGCUCAGAACUGCCCUAAUUACUUCUUGUCUGAAGCAUCAGUUGCUUUACUUGAUGACCAUCUUCCAAUUCGUCCCAGCCUUAUCAUUCGGGAAGUUGUCAAAAUUGAAAAGCAAACCGUCAUGCCACUACCUACUAUGACUGGAACGAAUCGGUUGACCCUGAAUUUGGGCUCAACUGUAAACCCAUGUGGCCCCUCUACAAUAAAUCCAUAUAGUCUCCCGGUUGGCUCUGACUACUUUGUAGUGACAGGAUGCAUUCAUUCGCCGCCGCCUCCUUCAUAUUGAAGGGUAGAUCCAGAGGAACUAUGUAUAUUGUGUAUAUAGCUUGCCAAAGAUAAAUACUCGGUGGUGGAACAUUUACAUGAUUCUUAGAAUGUUAUAUUCCUUUUGAUUCUGGUAUCUGUUGGUAUCUGAUGUCUUGUUAGUCCCUAUGUAUGGCUUGCCUUAAAGAUGAUCAAAUUAGGGUCUGAAGGUAGGGUAUGAAUUGUUGGGGAUGAUUUGAAUUUUGACUCAUUUUUU